GCAACAAAUCUUGACAUCACGAACUCUCGCCCUCCAUUGCGCGUGGGCGUCGCAUCUCAGGCCAAGUGCACGUAUCAAUGCCAGGGAACAAGUCAUCAUGAAUACGCUGUCCAUCCGCGCCUUCAUCCCGCCUCUGACGCGACGAGCAAUCCCGCUCCGCGCAAUACGAUGCUAUGCCAUGCAAGCUCCGGGAGCCCCUACCGUCGAGAUCUUUAGCCAGCAGCACAAAUGGAUGCAGAAGGAGCGCGCCGCGAGAGAUGUCGAAACGAGUCGCAGCGUCGACUACCUCCGCGACGAGGUCGCCUCCCGGCUGUGCGAGAGGUUAAUGGACAUCAAUCGCCACUUCCCGAACGUGCUCGACCUCGGCGCCAAUGCCUGCAACAUCGCCCGCCAGCUCACUCUCCCGUCCGAAGACUCUCCUGACAAAGGGCCACGGGGCAGCCGCAUAGGCAAGCUCACCGCCGCAGAGUCGUCCGAGACCCUCCUCUUCCGAGACGCAGACCUUCCCUUCAACAAGGAGAUCGAUAUCGAGCGCCAGGUCCUACCUGCCUCCGAACUGCUGCCUUUUGAACCAAACACAUUCGAUGCUGUCUUGAGCAGCCUCAGCAUGCACUGGAUCAACGACCUCCCAUCCGUCCUGGCACAGGUGAACAGCACCUUGAAGCCAGACAGCCCGUUCAUAGGCGUCAUGAUGGGCGGAGACAGCUUGUAUGAGCUGCGCACGUCGCUGCAACUCGCUGAGCAGGAGCGAAGAGGCGGUGUCGCAACACACACGUCGCCCUUGGCCGAUGUCCGCGAUGUUGGUGGACUACUGCAGAAGGCAGGCUUCAACCUCCUCACCGUAGAUGUCGACGACAUUAUAGUUGAUUUCCCUGAUAUAUUCGCUCUGAUGAAGGACCUGCAGGCCAUGGGCGAAUCGAAUGCUGUCAUCUCCCGAGAAAAGGGUCCCAUACAGAGAGAUGCGCUGCUGGCUGCUGAGGGCAUCUACAGAGCACUCCAUGGAAACGAAGAUGGGAGCUUGCCAGCGACGUUCCGGUUGAUCUACAUGAUCGGCUGGAAACCCAGCCCCACUCAGGCGAAGCCCUUGGAGCGUGGCACAGGUAUGUUCAGCAUCAAGGAUUACCUCGAGAAGAAUGGCGGCGACAAGAAAUAGACAUUGCACAAGCGCUUUUUUCACAUGGAUGGAACGAGAGACUGUCCGCCUAAGUCAAGCGCGGUCGGGACGCAGCUCGGCCUCCAUGUAUCUCCCUAAUGUAUCAAAAGAAACAUGUUAAAGAUAUAUGACGCUUCUAAUCAACC